ACGUGUUUGGAGCUCUGCUGGAUCGCUUUGGUCAUCGCCGUCUUCAUUAUAGGCUGCACGCUCUCGCGCCGUAUCGAAUCCAUGCGCGCUUCUUGUAACGGGGCUGGAGUACAACUCGUCUUCAGCGAGGUGAGCCGAGGAGAAGGCGAAUCCGCCGCGCAUCCCGCCGUUCAAUACGCUGAGCCUCGCACCGUGAUUCUCGGACCCCGUUCACCAAACGAGCUGGAAGGUCAUUCGCCGCCAUCAUCGGAUGGUAGUUUAGAGCCAUCACCUGGGCUUGGUGUGAUACUCGCACGUGACUGGACUCAGGGCGCCUUGCGCAGCUGCAGCAUACGCAACCUCAGCCACGGCAACAGUAGCAGCAGUCCCGGGCCUAGUGUGUCGGAUAAUAAACGCGAUAUUCCCGAAGAAACUUCUCCGCCCAUGGCAAUCGCCGCGUCUGCGCCAGGAGUUUCGCAGACAGGCUGCAACAGGCGUGACCACCGAAACCAGCACGAAGAGGAGGAUGCUAACGCCAGCUUGUUGGAUGAAGGGAUGACCUGGCUCCCACACACCUUGGAUACCGAGGCAUCGCACCAUCAACAGGAAGGAACAUUAGCAUCAGCCACAAGGCGUCUGCUGAUGAUUGCAGAAGAGGCGACGGGGACAGAGGAUCUAUAUUCCGGAGAGGAGAGCUUAAGAGGGCUAACGGAAUAUUCUCUUAGAGAGGAAAGGGGGAGCAGAAGUCGGGAUGUUGCUGUGUAUGUAAUGCCUCUUGCUGCUUCCACCACUGCCAAGGCUGCUGCCUCAGCUGUUGCCGAGCCUGCGCAGGAGCUUCGGGGUGCUGGGCCAGUGGUGGUGGUUGAUAAUUAUGACAGCUUCACUUACAACCUUUGCCAGUACCUGGGUGACCUGGGGUGCGAGCACGUGGUGUACCGUAACGAUGACAUCACCAUUGACGACCUGCAGAAAAUGGACCCCAGGGGGGUGCUCAUCUCUCCAGGCCCUGGCACGCCAGACGACUCGGGCAUAUCGCUGGACGUGGUGCGGCGCCUGGGGCCGACCGUGCCCCUCUUUGGCGUAUGCAUGGGGCUGCAGUGCAUGGGGCAGGCAUAUGGCGGGCGCAUAGUGCGGGCUCCAGGGGGCGUGAUGCAUGGCAAGACGUCACCUGUGCUGCACUCCAUGGCAGAAAGUGACUUGGGGCUGCUGGCUGGACUGCCAAGCCCCUUCACGGCGUGUCGGUACCACAGCCUGGUGAUUGAAAAGGAGACAUUCCCCGAGGACGAGCUGGAGGUGACUGCGUGGACAGAGGAUGGGCUCGUCAUGGCCGUGCGACACAAGAAGUACACCCACGUAGAGGGGGUGCAGUUCCACCCAGAGAGCAUCAUCACAAGCAAUGGCAAGGAAAUAGUGGCCAACUUUCUCAAGACCAUGGAUCGCUACUGGGCACAAAUCCAUCCCUCAGAAAGGAGUCCCCCCAGCCCCGCCCCGCCCUCUGCCAAUGUUUCCCACGGUGGGUCUUGCAAGGCUCUGCCAUUGUCCACCACGGUGGAUCUGCGAGCGCUGGCUGGCAGAGGCGGUGGGGCGAGACAUCACACUCACUCGCGCCUUUCCCGUCCAAACCCCCUUGCAUGCGUUACAUGCCUUGCUGUCCCCCCACACUCCACCGCUCGCCUCAAGAGAGGCCUCUGUGCGCAAGGCCCUGCCCAUGCUCCGCACGGUGGAGCUGAGGGAGCUGGCGGAGGCGGCGUGGCGGGACAUCACACUGGCUCAUCCCAUCCCCCCUCCAACGCCUCCGUGCAUGCCUUCUUGUCCCCUUACACUCCACCGCAGUCCGUCUCACACUCACUCCUUACAAGAGAGGCCUCUGUGCGCAAGGCCCUGCCCAUGUUCCCCACGGUGGAGCUGAGGGAGCUGGCGGAGGCCCAGUCCCACUCACUCGUCUUAAGGGAAUCGGCUGCGCGCAAGGCCCUGCCCAUGUAUCCAACAGUGGAGCUGAGGGAGCUGGCAGAGGCGGUGGGGCGGGACAUCAUGCGCGGCAAUCCCGAGGUGACGUGGAGCAGCGUGAAGGGGCUGGGCGGCGCCAAGCAGCUGCUCCAGGAGGCCGUGUUGAAGGGGCUGGGCGCCGCCAAGCAGCUGCUCAAGGAGGCCGUGGUCAUGCCCAUCAAGUACCCGCAGUGA